GCGGCGGCUGCCGAGGAGGAGGAAGACGAGGAGGAGGAAGCCGAGGAGUCUGGGCAGCCUCCCCUUCCCUCCCCCGCUUCCCCGGGGCGCCAUCAGGGAGGGGGCUGUUGCGUCUCUCUCUUCCUGCUACUGGAUUCUCGGCCGGUCGGGACCCCAGGAUUUGCACUCGCCUUAAAUCAGGCCCACCGCCCCCCGCCACCGUCCCGUUCUGUCUCGCAGGAAUGGCUCUGGUGUCAGCUGACUCCCGCAUCGCUGAGCUCCUCACUGAGCUGCAUCAGCUGAUCAAGCAAACCCAGGAGGAGCGCUCCCGGAGUGAACACAACCUGGUCAACAUCCAGAAGACCCACGAGAGGAUGCAGACGGAGAACAAGAUCUCCCCCUAUUACCGGACAAAGCUGCGAGGUCUCUAUACCACCGCAAAGGCUGAUGCAGAGGCAGAGUGCAACAUCUUGCGCAAAGCCCUGGAUAAAAUUGCUGAGAUAAAAUCCCUCCUGGAAGAGAGGCGUAUCGCGGCGAAGAUCGCGGGACUGUACAAUGACUCCGAACCACCGCGGAAAACCAUGCGCCGGGGCGUGCUGAUGACUCUGCUGCAGCAGUCGGCCAUGACCCUGCCCCUCUGGAUCGGGAAGCCCGGGGACAAGCCCCCGCCACUGUGCGGCGCCAUCCCUGCCUCCGGGGACUACGUGGCCAAGCCCGGGGACAAGGUGGCCGCCCGGGUGAAGGCCGUGGACGGCGACGAGCAGUGGAUCCUGGCCGAGGUGGUCACCUACAGCCACGCCACCAACAAGUACGAGGUGGACGACAUCGAUGAAGAAGGCAAAGAACGGCACACCCUGAGCCGCCGCCGCAUCAUCCCGCUGCCCCAGUGGAAGGCCAACCCCGAGACAGACCCGGAGGCCCUCUUCCAGAAGGACCAGCUGGUGUUGGCGCUCUACCCGCAGACCACCUGCUUCUACCGGGCCCUCAUCCACACCCCUCCGCAGCGGCCUCAAGAUGACUACUCGGUCCUGUUUGAAGACACCUCCUAUCCCGACGGCUACUCCCCUCCUCUCAACGUGGCCCAGAGAUACGUGGUGGCCUGCAAGGAGCCCAAGAAGAAGUGAUGGGAAGCGGGGAACUACCCCCAUCCUAGCCCCUUUUGGCCUGGCAUCCCUCCUCUCCCGUUCACGGGGGAGAAGUGAUGUGAUUUCAUCCGGUCAAAUAAACCGCCCUUUCCUCCCUC